AUGGAGGGACUACCAGAUGGGAUAGCGGAUGAGGUGGAUGAUGAUUUAUUUCAGUUGAUACCUUUGGGGCCUGAUAUUCAUGAAAUACACAACGAAGAUAACCAGAACAUGAUGGACAUAGACCAGGAGCAGGAAGAGCUCACAGCGGGUCCGUCUAGGCACAGAACCGCUUUAGCAGAGGAAGAUGCGCGUGUCACAGAGACUCAUUCUACUGCUGGGAGGGUCAUACGCAUGGAGGAGACAGUGUAUGCUAAAUGGCGGACACAAUUUGGAUUAGGUGAUGGAGAGGAGGUGGAAUCAGGUCGUUCUGAUGAUGAAGAUGAAGAUGGUAAUUUAUUCUACCCCUUUGCAUCACGACUGGACUGGCAGGUAGCAUGUUGGGCUGUGCAAGAGGGAAUAGGGCACAAAGCAUUUGACAGGUUGUUAGCUAUACCAGGGGUUAGAGAGCGUUUAGGACUUGCAUAUCACAAUAUCAGAGGACUCCAUCAAACCAUAGACAGCAUCCCUCCUCGAGCUAAAUGGCAAUCAACUUACUUGGCCUUCAAUGAUACGCCUCACUAUAAGCAUGAACUACACUAUCGAGAUCCUUUGGAAGCCAUUCAAACAUUGCUGGGCAAUCCUGCUCAUGCUCAAGAUAUUGUCUAUAAGCCUUCAAAGAUAUUUACAGACUCUUCUCAUUCUACCCGCAUAUUUAAUGAAAUGUGGACAGGGCGUUGGUGGCAUGCAGUCCAGGAUAGACUUCCUCAGGGCGCAUCUGUAGCUCCUGUAAUUAUUGCCACAGACAAAACUCAGCUGACCCGAGCAAUACGACGGAAAUCCAGUCAGCACGCCUGUAUUCUUAUAGGGUAUUUAUCUGUGGAUAAAAUCCUAAAGGAGGAGCUAUCUGCAAGAGAAGUCUCUUCCAGGGUACAGCGUCUCUUCCAUGACUCAAUAAGGAUCAUUUUGGAACCGCUGAAAGAGGCAGGAAGAAGAGGAAUAGAGGUGGUGGGUGGAGAUGGUCUUGUUCGCCUGGUCUUUCCCAUUCUAGCUUGCUAUGUGGCGGAUUAUCCUGAGCAAUGCUUGGUUACCUGUACCAAGUACGGUACUUGUCCCAAGUGUAGGGCUAGAGCGGAUGAAUUGGCUGAAAUACAACAUUUUGCCAGACGUACUCAACCUUGGACCUCAUCAGUAAUUGACCAUGCCAACAUCUCCACAAAGACCGACUCUGCCUUUCGUAAACAGUGCAUGUCUCAGGAUGUAGCUGGAGGCGUAUUUGAACCAUUUUGGCUGGACUUCCCUCAUUGCGAUAUUCACUUGGCUAUCACAUCUGACGUACUUCAUCAACUGUAUCAAGGGAUAUUCAAGCACAUGGUCGAGUGGUGUCAGGAGCUUAUGGAUGAAGAAGAACUGGAUCACAGACUUAGAACUCUCCCUCCUUCUUAUGGCGUCCAUCACUUCCAUAAAGGCUGGUCUGCUUUGGGUCAAGUCGGUGGAAAAGAGAGGAAAAAUAUGGCUAGAGUGCUAUUGGCUUGCUUAAUUGGCAAAGUUCCAAGAGGCGUCAUUCAGGCAUACCGUGCCCUCCUUGAUUUCAUUUAUCUUGCCCAAUAUCCCACUCAUGAUGACGACACUCUGGAAUAUAUGCAACAGGCCUUACAAGAUUUUCACCUUCACAAGGAAGUCAUCAUUAAUCUGGGUAUCCGAGACCAUCUCAAUAUUCCCAAAUUCCAUUCCUUGCAACACUACCUGGAGAACAUACGCAACUUCGGAACUACAGACAACUAUAACACGGAGAUGUUUGAGAGGUUUCAUAUUGACUUUUGUAAAGAGGGGUGGUACGCUUCCAAUGGAAGAAAUGAAAGGCCUCAAAUGAUCUCUUGGCUAACUAGAAGAGAGAAAGUAGCGUCAUUUCAAAGCUAUCUCAAGAUGUCUAUGGAGGAUGAAGAAGAAGAGUUUUCCCCCUCAAGGUUUAGAGAUCAUAGAGUCAUCCUCACUAAACGUCCUCAUCGCCUUCACCAAAAUAUCUUGGACGUCAUGCAGAAUCAUUCUUGCAAAGGCUUCAAGAAAGAUCUCAUCACCUAUCUCAACUCUCAGUUGGCUCACUCUCAUUCACGCGGGCAGCUCAGGAACAUGGAUCUUCCUUUUAGUCAUAUUGAUAUCUAUCAUGGAUUCAAAUUCUGUCUAGAGUCAUUAGGCAAUGACGUUGACUUUGAUCAAUUGGAGGAGGCAGAUUUUGUCAAAGCACAGCCACCUGUUUCUCAUAAAGCUGGACGCUUUGAUACAGUUGUAGUCAUGGAUGAUCCUGACUGUGAAAGCACUGGUUUAACAGGAACACGUAUUGGAAGGUUGAAGAUUAUAUUUCGUCUGCCACAACAAGUAUAUGGGUCUAUUCAACCUGCAUGGACUAAAGACCCUUUGGCAUAUGUUGAGUGGUAUACUCCAUUGAAAUCUGCAGCAGAAGACUAUCAUGAGAUGUAUACUGUCAAGAAACCUUUACUUUCUUCAGAUGGUUCAUUGCCAGGUAAAACAUUAUCUCCCGUUGAGCAUACGCCUGAUGUUAUCACUCCUUCUGAUGUACCGGUCGUACCGUUUGCUCUUACGAUUGCCCCGGCGACCACCGCCCCUCGCCCACGCCCCACUCGUCUACGACCCUUCAAACGAGAGAUCUCCGUCUCCCCUCCCUCGCGUAACAGCACUUUGCGCUCCAAAACACCAUCCCCACCUCCACAAUCAUCCUCCGUCACCAUCGUGAAGACCGAACCCAUUGAUAAUUUCAAAUGUCGCUACUGUAAAGAAUUCGGCCAUCGCCACAAGAACUGCCCAACAUAUUUCUGCCGCGUAUGUCGUAACCUCGCGCCAGGGCAUCUUUCGGUCUUUUGUAAAGACCUUAAAGGCGAGAAACCUAUUCCACUAGUAUGGACGGAUGAAGGCUUCUACGAAGCUCUUGCUAAAUGGGAGGCUGACAAGGACACCGCCUUGGAGCAGAUCUCUAUCGAAGAAGAUGAGAGAAUGUUCGUUCAAUGCGCAGGUGAUCGUGACAACUAUGACGCUUAUGAUAACUUUGAUUGUUGA